GACCAUGUCGAACUACAAGCCAAUUGAUCUGUCGAAGGAGGACUUUCGCAAAUAUUUGGACAGGCAAGGUGUGCUGGAUGCGAUAACGAAAGUGCUGGUAAAAUGCAACACCGAACGGCCGGAACAUGCGCUUGACUUUGUGGUGGAAACGUUGAGUGAAACGCACGGCAACUUGAAAACGCAACUAUUCGAUGCACAUCAGGAAAUCGAACGACUGAAAAAGGAACUAAGCGAACUGAAGGAGGAGGAGAAAACGGGAAAACCAGCUCUCGUUUCGUCGGGCCCAGUUGUGAAGCAAGAGGCAGAGAUCGAUACGGCAACGGCAACCAAUGGUGGUGUUGAGAUACCAGCCGGAAACGACGAUAGUGUUGGAGAAGUCGCAGCAAGUGUUGAAGUCACCGCGACACAAGAUCUGGACGCGGUUGUGCCAUCGACUACGGCCGAGCUUACCGUUCCGAAAGAAACUCCACCAGUAUCGUCCAGCAAGGAAGAAGUUCAGGAGAAUGCAGUAGCCACUGCUGCGGCUCCAUCCCCGAACGAUGCGCCGGACGCUAAGGAACCAAACACCAGCGAAAGCAGCAAGUAAGCGUUUUACGGUUAAACUCCUUUAGGUUAACUCAUGUAGUGUCUUUCGAAUCGGGCAUUCGAAUACUAGGCAACGCAGGCCACUGGAAAGUGGAUGAAGGAGAACUGCAAGAAUAUGUGUGCUCUUGCCGAAAAAAAAAAUCCCGUCCAAUUCUAAAUGACAAAGAAAACGCGAACUAAAACAGAUUAGAGGCUUCAGUGCAAUUGAAUGUAGAACCGGUUGAAGCAGGUAGACGGUAUUAUACUAAGCAUGUUCAUUUCCACGUAUUUAAUUGCAUCUCGUUUCAUUUACCAUUGCCAUCAUCGAUCGCUGCAUCCUUUAUGUUUAAUAUUUCGUUUACGAUCUUAGUCAAUCGUAUUUAACAAAUUAGAAAUUAGAUCGUGGAUCAAGGGUCUAUAUUCAUUACGAAACAUAAAUAUCAUUCCAGCCAUUAUUAAGUGAAGAAAAACAAUCCAAACAAAUAAAGUAUAACGAUGAUGUAU